UGCACUUCCUCAGGUCGCGCUACAGAGUGUACCUUCGGUGCGCGCUCACUGCCCCGCCCGCGUCAGACAGACAAACAAUACUGAAACCCUCACUAUUACGACAUCUCUUCGACUGUCUGGCCGUUUGCAAUUGUUCCAAUACAUUUGGUGAAGACAAAUAAAUAUAUACACUGGGAAAAAAAAACAAACAAAUGGACUUUGGUGUUUAGUGGUGUUUUAGGUGUUUAGUGUGCGUAGUCGCGAUGAUGGACAAUUCCGGUAUGGACUCUCCAAGCGAUCACAGUAGUCACGCGUCUUCCGGUUCACCGGCCGUAGCAAUCAAACAAUCUCCUUCACCUCCGAAUAAUCUAUCCGGCAAUCACAUCCAUAAUCAUAAUCAUCACGUGCACAGUCCGAGACAAGCUAGUCCUCUAGGACCACCGAUAUCGAUGGCACAUCCACUUUCACCACCGCCGGUGUCUUCUGCAAAUUUGGCCCGCAGCAUGGCGCUUGGACACCUGCCGCCACCAGGUCUCGGCCUUCUCAAUUCCUUAGGCGUUCUUCAUAAUCCAUUGGAUCUAAUGGCUCAUCACGCACCACCGCGUUCUUACAACAGUCCUCCGCCGAUUUCUACUUCCGAUCCAACGGCCAACGAGUGUAAGUUAGUUGAUUAUCGCGGUCAGAAAGUGGCGGCUUUUAUAAUUGUCGGGGACACUAUGUUAUGUCUUCCUCAAGCCUUCGAACUUUUCUUGAAGCAUUUAGUCGGCGGUUUACACACGGUUUAUACGAAAUUGAAACGAUUGGACAUUGUACCGCUUGUCUGUAACGUAGAACAAGUUCGAAUCUUAAGAGGACUCGGAGCUAUCCAACCAGGAGUCAACAGAUGCAAACUACUUUCGUGUAAAGAUUUUGAUACUCUUUACAGAGACUGCACAACGGCCAGGCCCGGUCGUCCACCAAAGAGGGCACCAGUGGGACUGAGUUUAGCAGCAACGCAUCUCCAACACCAACAGCAACUCAAAAAACCUCGCUUGGAUAACGGAGACUAUCCAUAUGAGAAUGGACAUAUGGCUGAACUAUCAAGAUUAGAAAAAUCGCCUUUACUAGCCAAUGGUUAUAAUCAUCCACCACAUUUAAGUCAUAUGCAGUUCAUGCAAUUACCGCAUCCUGCUGCGGCACAUUCAGCGUUGUUGUCGCCGGCUAUGCCACACAAUUUAGGACGGCCAGAUGGUUCAGUCAUUAAAAAUCAAGGAAUACCUGCAAUGGAAGCUAUAGCGAGAUCUGGAAUAUGGGAAAACUGUAGGGCAGCUUACGAAGACAUCGUGAAACAUUUGGAGAGGUUACGAGAAGAACGCAUAGAUCCUGAUAAAUCUCAUCUAUUGGAUCACAAACCUAGAGAUCUGAGUCCUAGAAAUUUAUCACCAACGGAGCAUAGUCCAGUUCUGAACUUAUCGAAAAGUGGUGGUGGCAGUGCUGGUUCGUUAGGUGACGCUGAUCAUUCGGGAAGCGAGGCAGAUGGACCAGAUGUACCACCUUCACCGAGAUCACCCAGAUCUGCCAUCGAAGACGAGGAAGAAGAUAACAUUUCCGAUCCUGAUGAUGAUGAUGAGAAAGAUCAAGAUAUGGAUGAGGGUGAUUUGCCACUUCCAACUGCACCUGGAAGUGACUCUCAACAAACAGCUCUCAACUAUUCGACUUUGGCCAAUGCUGUAGCUUCUGCAAAUGGUUCAACUCCCGAUGCUAGUAUUUCGUCGACAGAAACCCUUCUUAGAAAUAUUCAAGGUCUUCUUAAAGUAGCAGCAGACAACGCGCGUCAACAAGAACGACAAAUCCACUACGAAAAAGCCGAGCUCAAAAUGGAUGUACUCCGAGAGAGAGAAGAGAAACAAAAUUUAGAGAGACAGCUAAUUGAAGAACAAAAAAUAAGGGAAUUGGUACAGAAACGCCUCAGAAGAGAAAAAAGAUAUAGAAGGGAGUUACAAGCUAAGUUCGACUUGGAAAACAAGCGAAGGGCGCAAUUAGAAGAAGCGCUAAGAGCAGCUGGGUCAGCGGAACAACUUAAUUUAAUAAACGAAAAACUUGAUCAGUCCGAACAAAAGCCUUCUUGUAGCUCGUUACCAGUAAGCAGUUCGACUAGCAAUAUACCUAAUCAAGCACCUUUAACAGCUCCUCAACAUUCUGAUCGUCCAGACCAUCUCUCGGACCGUCCAGUGGAAAGAAUAAAACAAGAAGGUGACGAUCCGUCUAAUGUAGCUUAUGGUCAUCAAAAUUCUAAAGACAUCCGAGAUCAACCGACAACUCCAUUGUCGCAGGAAAACAAACCGUGGGCAUAUUCGGGUAUUGAACUCAUGAAUAACGGAGCGGCAUUCUGGCAAAAUUAUUCUGAUUCCUUGGCUCAAGAAUUGGAAAUGGAACGAAAAUCACGGCAACAGCACAUGGAAAGAGAAGUGAAAUCACCUUUACAAGAUAGAUCUGGAUAUUAUAAGAGUUCAGUGAUGUUCACCAGCAGUGCAACAUAA